AACUAGAUAACAGAAGAGCUUUGCCUCCUCCAUUUUGGCGGGAAGAAGUUAAGCCCCUAAAAGACUUCCAUUCCAAUAUUUCUCUUUUAUGUUGAGCCUCUUCAAUCUAUGUAUACCCGCGCGUAAUCAAGUCCUUCCCCUCCUAUUCUUCGUCUCCAUCAAAACCCUAACAAACGAACCCAUUUCCUCUUUCUGCGUGAAAAGGUCAAAGCACGGUCUCUCCUUCUGCUUUCAGAAGAAUAAUUCCACAACAAUAAUGGCUCAUUCCAAAGCGAAAAUCGUAGCUGAGUACGCGAAAUCGAACCGAUCAACAUGCAAAAAGUGUUCCACGGUUAUAUCUGCUAAAGCCCUGAGGUUGGGUUUGGUUACUAAAGACUCACGUGGAUUCGAUAUGACCAAAUGGCACCAUUUGGAUUGCUUCUCUAUAACGAUCAGUUCUACUGACGCAAUUGGAGGCUUCGCUUCGCUCCAGAGUCGUGAUCAGGAUGCUUUGAAGAAAUUGAUAUCAAAGGGAGGUAGAGAGGUAGUUGAAGGAAGCCCAAAUCGUGGUUCUAAGAGAACUAGAGCAAAUAUGGAAGAAAUUGAACUGGAGGAGAGGAAUUCUAUGAUUACUAAGUUGUCAACAGCUACCGAGGAAGCACAGCUUGAGAUAGCCGUUUCACAAAUUGACAUCAAGGAUACAUAUAAGGAUGUGCUAUUAUUACCAAAGUGGAAGGCAUUCCAGACGGUCAUAUUUCUUGAAGGGGAUGAUGGUCUCCAUGAUUCAAGUAAAAUUGCCGCAUUCGAUUUUGAUGGGUGUCUUGCACAAACAUCUAUUAAGAGAAUAGGUGCAGAUGCCUGGUCCCUUAUGUAUCCCUCCAUACCCAAAAAGCUGCAGGGCUUAUACAAGGACGGCUACAAGCUGGUUAUCUUUACAAAUGAGUCCAACAUUGACCGUUGGAAGAACAAAAGACAGGUAGCAGUGGACUCAAAAAUUGGACGCCUCAACAACUUCAUUAGGCGUGUGAAGGUUCCCAUACAGGUUUUUAUAGCUUGCGCCGAUAGUAAAGUAGAAGACCCCUUCCGCAAGCCCAAACCUGGGAUGUGGCAGAUUAUGGAGAGACAUUUCAACUCUGGCAUUUCAAUUGAUUUGGACCAAUCUUUUUAUGUUGGGGAUGCGGCAGGGAGAAACAAUGACCAUAGUGAUGCUGACAUACGAUUUGCACAGGCUGUUGGACUGAAGUUCUUUGUCCCUGAGGAUUACUUCGGUGCUUAGAAGUUUUUUGGUCAGUGAAGUUUCAGGACAGAAGUGUCUGCAUUGGAGAUUCUCAGAAUGUUAUCAUCCUUCUCUUGCCUUCUGACUUCUAUAUUGCCAGUUGAAUCUGAUAUGCUUUGAAUUAAUGCAUUCUGAGUUCCUUUC